AUGGAUCGACUCGAGUUGGAUUUGUGUUUCUCUGGUGAUGAAAUUUCAGAAUCAUUUGUUGAUUGUGUGAAGAGUGGAUCAUUCUCUUGUUGUGUCUCUGAUUUGACCUUGUUACAAAUUGAGGAGCCAGUCUAUGUGAUUAAUCAUCGUAAUAGAAAAGCUAAGGAUUUCAAGGAUGUGAUGAGGGGAGAAAUUAAUAGACAAACAAAAAAGAUUUCAACUGUUGCCUUGGUCUAUUAUUUCAAUAAUGUGGAAUAUUUGAAUUUGAGAUCGAAUAGGAUUGGAGUGGAUGGAGCUUCAAUGAUGGGAAGUUUUACUUUGAAAAAAUUGCAGGUUUUGGAUUUGAGUGGUUCACACGAAGCUCCAAAUAUUGGAAAGGAAGGUUUUUUACAAUUGACUAGUAACAUGGAUUGGUCAAAUUUUCCCAAUUUGACAAGAUUAUCAUUAGCUCAGAAUAGAUUGGAUGCAGAAAGUAUGAUUUCAUUGAUUGCGUGUGAGACAUUCCCACGACUGAAAGCUCUGGAUCUAUUUGGAAACAAACUCGACAAUGAUGCAAUCGAAUGGUUGGUGGCUUCAGAAAGAGUUUUAUCAAAUUUGACCGAAUUGAAUAUUGGUUACAAUGAAUAUUUUGAGGAGGCAACCCAUUUUAUUGCCAACUGCCCAUUCCUUAAAAAUCUUGUCAUUUUAAAUAUGGCAGGGAAGGUUUCAUAUCGUCAUGGAGCUAAAAGUAUUGGUGAUAAUGGUGUGAAUACACUAUUCAAUUCAGAUUAUUUGGAAAAUUUGACAAGUAUUAAUUUGAGUAAUAACAAUGUGAGUGAUGAGGGAGCAAAGAAUAUCUACAAAUCAAACAAACUCAAGAAUUUAACAAAGAUCAAUUUGAAUAGUCAUUUGUCAACAUUUGAAGAAUUUGAAAGAACUUUAUUUAAGAGGGAAUAG